ACCUUCAUUUCCACGGCCUGGAUGCUGUGUCCCUAAGACCCCAACCUGUCCAUUGCGAGUACACACCUGUACAUACACGACCAAGCCCCUGUGCAACACCGGAAUGACCUGAAGGCGUCACCGUAUCUGGCCUCGACGCCGUCUGACCACUCGACGUUCGUUACUUCAUCAACCACACACCCCGUAAUAGCCUCUGCGAAUCGAACCCCGGACUCGAUACACCCCUGAACCGAUUUGCCAAUAGCUAUUCAGCCUGAUAGAGUGCCUUUACGACGCAAUGGCGGACUCCCGGGAACUUGAACCCCCGCCGCAGACCCACGUCGAGGACCCGGGGGCCCAUCAAUUGGCUGAGGCUUCAGAUUCGGAGGACCAAUUUACAGAUGCGCAGUCCGCACCGACGAGCCCUGGUGUCAGCUCACCAGUCCCCAAGACGAGGGUGGAAAGGGUCGACACUGAACCCUCAUAUGGAGAGGUGCCUGGCACAGGGGCAUACCAGAAGAGGGAGCAGGAUGCCGAGCCCGACGAGAUUGCAGUGAUAGCCGGAGACGCUCCUGAGUCUUCGCCAUCUGCUCCUCCCGAACCGGGCACUGUGCCCAUCACAGUCGUCGAAGAAUCUACCGGAGAGUACCCCGGCCAGCACAGCUCAGAGGAGCAGGAGAAGCACAAAGCAGAUGCGACCCCCGAUAUAAUCCUGAGCCCUAAUGGCGAAAUAAGGAAUGGCAAUGAAGACGCCAUCGAUGACUUUGGUGAUGACUUUGACGACUUUGAAGAGGGCGGCCACGACGACGACUUUGACGACUUUGAGGAUGGUUUUCAGCAUGCCCAGCCCACCGAAGCCACGACAUCAGUGCCUCCACCAAUCCAACCGCAACUCUCACUACCAUUUUCGAUACCCGAUUUCGAUGGGCUGAGCCCAGAUGAAGUCAUUUCCGCAAUAGAACCAUGUUUACCGAGCCUCUUCCCCCCGGAAGAGCUCGACUUCCCAGCCUUCCCGCAAUUACCCAAAGAUUCCUCCAUCUUUCUUACCCCACGCUCCGCCUCGCUGUGGUCUCAGCUCGUCGCUCCUCCGCCCCUCGCGCCGCCGGAUUGGAUCCGGUCGCGGACUCGUCGCCUGUUCCUCGUCUCUCUCGGAGUGCCCGUAGACCUGGACGAAAUCCUUCCGGCGUCCAAGCAGAAGAAGCUCGUGCUGCCGUCGCUCAACAUCCCUGCGACGUCGCCCAGAGGAUCGAGCGACCUGCGGUCGACGGCAAGAUUGAGACAAGAGGAUGGAAACGCCUCAUCUACGUCGAUAGACUCUCAGGGCAAGCCAUCAACAUCCAAGAGGAGAAAAGGACCGCCGCCCCAGCCAGAGCUGGACCUAGUGCAGGCAAAACAUCUCUGCCAGACGACGGACGAGGCGCUCAACGGCAUGACGGACGAGGAACUGAAGCAGCACGUGGCCAAGCUGGAGGCCAUGCAGGGGGUGGCCAAGGAGGUGCUGGAGUACUGGACGAAACGGACGGACGAAAAGAUUGGGGAUCGCGAGGCAUUCGAGGGCGUUAUAGAAAACUUGGUAGCGCAUGCCCGUAAAGUACGCAAGUAGAUACUCUCUGUGUUUUUUUCGCUUGAUGAUAUAUUGGUCUACCUCCGUAGUGGUUUGUACUUUU